AUAAAUAAUUAUUAGGAGUUUACAAUGGAGAUAAGAAGCUAUCAUUUCGCUUUAAAAUUCCGCACAUAUCAAUGGCAAUUCUAGCCUCGUGAUGAAUAUUAAUUAUGAGGACCAUAAAUAAUUCCUCAAUCAGUUGCGCUUUCAAACCCUCGGUGACACUGACCUCUGUCUCUAUUGACGUUUCGGCUAGAUCGACACUUGACCCCGAUUAGCAUUUGGCAGCUCCGUCUCCGCCAGCGCUUUAGCUAUGCAGAGCAAGUUCACGAUUCAGACAAGUAUAGGCAUAUACUUAUCAUAACGAGAAAAAUACAGAUUUAAAAGUUCAUUUUCAAUUUGGAGAAAACAUGGCUUCGUCGGAAACAUCUUCAUUGAAAUCGUUUUGUAUAGUUACAGGGGCAAGCAGAGGCAUUGGUCGUGCCAUUGCUAUCGCCUUGUCUAGCAAAUUUUCUGCGGAAUCUCAUAUAGUUUUGACAGGACGGUCGGUCGAUGCAUUGAACGAGACACAGCGGAUGGUACAGGCCGCUGCUCCAGGCGUCCAAUGCAAGGUUGUCAUCGCUGAUCACUCGGACGAGGGUAAUAUUUCCAGCACUCUUUCCGAGAUCACAAAGGACGUCAGUCCGGAUGAGUUUCAGCGUUUUCUUCUCAUCCACAACGCCGCUAGCAUGUGGGAUGUGUCACGGUAUGCUGGGCAGUCGACUACGUCUGAUCUGAGAAGCUUGCAAGACUUCUGUAUGCUGAAUAUCACUUCAGCGCUACUUCUAACCUCUCAUUACCUGAAGACAUUUCCUCAGAGGAAUGGAGCGUCCAGAACGAUCGUUAAUAUAUCAUCACUCGCUGCUUUGGUGCCUUUCCCUGGUUGCUCCGUAUACUGCAUGGGAAAGGCUGCCAGACAUAUGCUCUUUAGGACCAUAGCCCUAGAGGAACCCGAUGUCCGGGUCUUGAACUAUGACCCAGGUGCGGUGGAUACGGCGAUGUUUAGAGACAAUGCCACCAACAAUGCCAGUGUGGAUGUCAGGCAGAUGUUGGAGCGUCUUGAAAACGAUCAGCAAUUGCUCAAACCGGAUCAAACCGCCGCAAUGCUGCUUAGCAUCUUGGAGAAAGAUGCGUUUGAGUCUGGCGCUCAUCUCAGUUAUAGCGAUGAUUUGGCGAAGACAGUCGAUGAUUUUGAUAAGAAAUAAGUAAUUUGAACUCUGAGUAUUACAUUUCAAAGGGCUUUAAUUUCAGAACACCGGCAUACCUAAGUAUAUUACUGGGAAAAUAGUAAAUCUAUUCUAACUUGUUAAAUGAUAAUAUUUGACGAUUGUUUUACCCAUUUGCUAAGAAAGUACAUUAAAUGCUUGUAAGUAAACUACCAGGGGACCGACAGCUUUAAGUCCUCUCCAAGGGACUUGAUAAUGAGGAUUGACUUGUAGAUCCAGUGGACACAUCCAUUUUGGAAUGUUUGAUUUAUACAAUUAUGAUGUCAGUAGGAAACAUGUUCUGGACUGUUUCGUAUACUGUAUAAUCGUGGGCCUCCAUCCAGUCUUAAAACUGCGUGGUCAAAAAUGACCACGUCGUGGUCGUUUUUAAAAGGUGCAUGGUUGACUACCAAAACGUGGUUAAAAACGACCACGACGUGGUCAUUUUGACCACGUUUUGGUAGUUGACCAUGCUCCUUUAAAAACGACCACGACGUGGUCAUUUUUUUAUCACGUAUGUUUAAGAGUGUUUUUUGCAGUAAUGGUAAAGAUGUUACUGGCCCCUCGUGACUUAGGUGCGGACGAUGAUGAUUAUGUUGACGAUGUGUAUGAUGAUGACGAUGGUGAUGAUAAUAGCAUGAACACUAUAUGAUAACGAUGAUAGUGAUAAUGGUGAUGUCGACGAUGACCAUGACGAUGGU